AUGACCCGUGAGUGCCGGACACGCGUGGGGCGAGCGGGAGGCCGCGACCACCGGGGGGAGGGGGCGACACCGACCCACGGACCGCGCGACCCCCGUGGGGAGGGUCCCGGCCCCGGGGGGGGUCUCCGCGUGGGGAGGGGUCCCGCGUGCCCGCCCCGCACCCCACGGACCGGGCGCGUCCACGCGCGUGGGGCCGCGGGGCCCGGGCAGCGGCGGCCGCGCCUCAAACCGCAAACGGCCCCGGCGCACCUGCCCGCCCGCGGGCACGCGUGGGGGCGGCGGGCAGGGCGGGAGCGGGGCCGGGGCACGCGUGGGGCCGCCCAGGUGCCGCCGCCGCCCCUGACUCAGCCCCGCAUCAAAGUUUCCAAAGGCCGGGACCGCACAGGACGCGCGGCCGCGCCCCCCGCCCGCAGCCCCCACCCCAGCCCGGCAUCCAGGGCUCCGUGGCAGGCGCUGCUGACCCUCCUGGGGCUCUGGCCGGGGCUGUGGCCGGGCCCGGGGGUCGCCCUCGCCCCCCGCCCGCGCCCCCCGAGCCCCCCGGACCCGCGCGGGGACCUGGACAGCGUCAUCCACCUGGCCAAGGCGCUGCUGGGGGACACCAAAGCGCUGCUGGAGCUGCUCAAGUCGCGAUUCCCGGCCGAGGGGGAGCACAAGAUGGACUCGCUGCCCGUGCUGGCCAUGAGCGCGCUGGAGCUGCCCAACAUCCAGGUGGGGCGGGGGUCGCUGCCUCGUCUCUCCUGCGCUACCAGCGGCUCCUGUGCCCGUGUACCCCCAUAUACCCCAAUGUCCCCAAUGUCCAUCUGUCCCCUCGGUGUCCCCAAUGUCCCCAAUGUCCCCAAUGUCCCCAAUGUCCCCCAGGCCUCGUCCCUGCUGCCCCGUUUGGGCUCGGACCUGCUGCGCUACCAGCGGCUCCUGGAGUGGCUGCGCCGGGCGGGGGUGGCGCUGCGGGGCCUGGAGCCGCCGCUGGGGGCGCUGCGGGGGCGCCUCGAGCGCCUGCGGGGGCGCCUGGAGCACCUGGUGUCCCGUCUGUCGCUGCCGCGCCCCGCCCCCUCCCCAGGUGUGACCCCGCCCCCGCAGGUGACGCCGUGGGGGGCGGUGCGCGCCGCGCAUGCGCUGCUGCGGGGGCUGCACCUGUACCUGGACUGGGCCGCGCGCGCGCUCGUCCUGCUGCGGAACCGCCUCUGA